AGUGUUAUAUAUUUUUCUGCCCUCCUUUGUUGCCUUGUGCUGGCUUAGCUCUGGCCUCUCUUCCCCUCCCCUCCCCUCAAGCUUAGCCAUAGCCACAGCCAUAGCCCUCCUCUCCUCCUUGCUUUCUGUGCCCUCCAACAAUAUAUCUUCUCUCCCGGAAGGCAGUGGUUCCUCUGUCUUGUAGCUAGCCAAGCUCAGAGCUGCCUGCCUCGACGCUUCGUCUGCUAGCUAGCUCAGACUCAUAGUGUUUAACAAAGGAGGGUUAGGAGGAGCAGCUAGCUAGCAGCAGUGGGAUUCGGUAGCGCGCGGCUGCUAGGUGUCGCCGCUGCCUUGUAUCUAGCUUUGUUUCUUCCUCCUCAUCUUCUUCUUCGAUAUAUCAAUCGAUCUCACCUGAUGGGGAGGGCGCCGUGCUGCGACAAGAACAACGUGAAGAAGGGGCCGUGGUCGCCGGAGGAGGACGCCAAGCUCAAGGAGUUCAUGGACAAGCACGGCACCGGCGGCAACUGGAUUGCUCUCCCGCAGAAAGCAGGGUUGAGAAGAUGUGGCAAAAGCUGUAGGCUUAGAUGGCUAAACUACCUGAGGCCUAACAUUAAGCAUGGGGAGUUCACUGAGCAUGAAGAUAGGGUCAUCUGCAGCAUGUAUGCAAGCAUUGGAAGCAGGUGGUCGAUCAUCGCGUCGCAGCUCCCUGGCCGGACGGACAACGACAUCAAGAACUACUGGAACACCAAGCUGAAGAAGAAGCUCCUGGGCUCCACCACCAUGGCGGGCGUCGGCCCUCCGCCGCGCGCGCCACGGCAGAACCACCACCAACACCGGCCGGUCCUGCUGCCCUACUCAUCGUCGCCCCACUCCAACUACAGCAACUUCUUCCCCGGCGCCGGCGCCCUCCUCCAGCAGUCCGCGGAACCCCUAACCCUACAAGCCCAAGACCACUAUAUGCUCGGCAGCUCAGGCUCCUUGAACCACAUGAACAACAACAACAAUGGAGCCUCCGCGGUUCAGCUACAGCUGCUGCACGCAACGGCGGCUCACCGGCAGCUGCAGGUGAAGGAGGAGUGCGGCAGCGGGGGCGCCAUGAUCGCGUUCGGCUGCGGCGACCAGCAGAGCUGCAGCUCGUCGGACGGGACCCAAUACGCCGGCGGCCAGUACGUGCACGGCGGCCGCCACCACGGGAAGGAGAUGAGCUUCGACAACAACAACGGGUACAGCGCCUACGGGGUGUACGGCAGCGGCGCUGGCGCCGUGGAGCAGGAGCACAAGCUGUCGUUUCAGCUGCAGCACCAGCAGGAGCAGCAGCAGGCGCAGCUGGACUACAGCUACGAGGAGAUCAAGCAGCUGCUCAUGACGGCCGCCGCGAGCGGCGCCGACGGCGGCGGCGGCCUGAUCCACGACCCGGAGCUGAUCGGCGCGCACGCGGCCACCGGGAAGCUGACGAUGAUGUAAAAACCAGAGUAAUAUUUAAGGAUCAGGACGUACGUACGCACGUAAAGAAGAUCAUCAAGGUGGAAUUGAAGAAGGUGUGUGUUAAUUUCUACUGCUCGCGCGAUCUUUUUUCCUCGUUUCUUUUAUGUUUUGCUUUGAUCCGUGUAGUGAAGUGGAUUAAACGCUCCCGUGUCACGGCUGCAUGCAUGCAGAUGCACGUGGCUGACAGCCUAGCUGUGCUGUGCCGCUGUGUGUGUAUGUGAGCGUGACAUGGGAUCAAGAUUCUCUCUCUCUCUCCCUCUCCUCUCUCUCUCUCUCUUACUUGCUGUUACUGUUGUUGUACCUCUCUCUCUCUCUCUCUCUCUCUCUCUCUCACAUCUUUGUCAGCAAAAGGUAUAGUGUUAUGAAGUUCAUAUAAGUACUGUGAAAAA